UAUCCCUUCCCCAAAGCCAAAAAUGGGUUCCCAGCGUCCUCCCUCCUUUGCUUUACUAGCAUUCUUAAGUCUGCUUUGCUUCCAAAAGAUAUUAUUUGGAGUCGAAGCAUCAAAUGAAGAAUCAAGUAAAGUGUACAUUGUGUACUUGGGAGAAAAAAAACAUGAGGACCCUGAUCUCGUUACUGCAUCGCACCAUGAGAUGCUGACUUCUCUUCAUGGGAGCAAGGAGGAAGCUCUCAAAUCAGUUGUCUACAGCUACAGGCAUGGAUUUUCUGGCUUCGCCGCAUGGCUUACAGAAUCACAAGCAAAUACUAUUGCAGAGUUGCCUGAAGUCGUUAGCGUAAUGCCAAAUGGAGUGCAUCGACUUCAAACGACUCGGAGCUGGGACUUCCUUGGGCUAAACUAUUACCAAAGUACAGGAUUACUCUCCAGGGCUAACUACGGAGAUGGUGUGAUCAUUGGAAUGAUCGAUACAGGCAUAUGGCCAGAAUCAAGAAGCUUUAGUGACCAUGGGUAUGGUCCCAUACCAGCACGGUGGAAAGGUAAAUGCGUGGUAGAACCUACAUUUGGUGCCAACAAUUGCAGUCGAAAGAUCAUCGGAGCUCGAUAUUAUGCCGGCGGGGUCUCGGCAGAGAACCUCGAAGGUGAAUACAUGUCUCCCCGGGAUUUCAAUACUCAUGGAACGCAUACAGCUUCCACCGCAGCUGGUGUGCCGGUGAGUAACGUAAGCUUCCAAGGCCUUGGUGCCGGGAUGGUAAGAGGAGGCGCCCCUCGUGCUCGGCUGGCCAUAUACAAGGCAUGCUGGGGCCAGGCAGGGGAAUGCUACGACAGUACGGUGCUCAAGGCAUUUGAUGAUGCUAUCCAUGAUGGUGUGGAUAUCAUAUCCCUGUCGAUCCAUGGAGAUGGAUAUCCCGCUGGUUCAUUGCCUGCGGUUAUGAAGGGGAUCACGGUGGCUUUCAUUGCCGGAAACGAGGGGCCUGCGCCGCAGACUCUUAAUAAUGACGUCCCGUGGGUCAUCACGGUAGCAGCAAGCUCGAUCGACCGCUCGUUCCCCACGGUCAUCACCCUCGGAAACAAUAAAAAGUUGGUGGGCCAAGGAGCAUUCUACAGACCAGACAAAGACCAGUUUAAAGAACUAGUCUAUGGGAAAAGCUGUGACGAGGAGUCUCUGAAUGGUACUAACGUAGUUGGAAAGUAUGUUCUGUGUUUCGAUCUGGCAACGGUGUCUACAACGAUUCCAAGACAAGUCAUUGCCACACAAUUGGGAACCGUGCUGCGUGCUCGGGCCAAGGGUGUUAUUUUUGGGCAUUAUACUUCUUUCCUCAUGGAUUAUCUUCUUGUAUUAUGUCAAGGUCUCCCAUGCAUCGCAGUAGACGUCGCGAUUGCGGAGCAAAUUGAAGACUACAUCGAUUCUGUGGGGAAACCAAUGGUGAAGAUAGAACCAACGCGUAGCGUUGUUGGGCAAGUGCAAUCACCUAGCGUGGCGUCUUUCUCUUCCAGAGGGCCAAGCACAUCAUACCCUGAAUUGCUCAAGCCUGAUAUUGCUGCACCUGGAACCAAUAUAUUGGCCGCCCUUGGAGACUCAUAUGGUUUCGACAGCGGAACCUCCAUGGCAUGCCCACAUGUGGCUGGGAUUGCUGCAUUGCUGAAGUCAUCGCAUCCUGAUUGGUCCCCUGCAGCUAUUAAAUCAGCAAUUAUUACUACAGCAUCCGUGAGCGAUGGAUAUGGACAGCCAAUAAUGGCAGAGGGGGUUCCACGUAAGCUUGCUGAUCCUUUCGACUAUGGUGGGGGUCAAAUCAACCCAAACAAAGCCUUGGAUCCUGGCCUUGUGUACGACAUCAAUCCUAAAGAGUACCUCAAGUUCUUUAAAUGUACUUUUGGCCUACAAGGUGGCUGCGACCCCAAACAGAGACCUUUAUAUCAUUUGAACCUUCCCUCCAUUGCCAUCCCUAAUCUUCAGGAAACUGUGAUGGUUCAGAGAACUGUGACACAUGUGGGCAAGGUUGACGCAGUAGUUUACAAGGCAGCACUUGAAAUCCCGCCCGGCAUUAAGAUGGUGGUGCAACCUUCUGUUCUUGUUUUCAAUGCUAGAAGCAAGGUUCAGACAUUUAAUGUAACUUUCAUGCCAACUCACAAGGCGCAAGGGUUCUACGGCUUCGGAAGCUUGACUUGGUAUGAUGGGCCUCAUUCUGUGAGGAUUCCGAUUGCAGUUCGCACAAUUAUCCAAGACUUCUAUGCAGACACUUUUUAAAAAUUUUUAAACCUUGUGCAACCUGUUGGAGAAUUUAAUCAAAAGGUUAUUGACAAUAAAAGAGAAUCUCUACCGGUUCUCUGUGAUUCUAUGAA